AUGAAUGAGCCAGGCAACGAAGUGACGUCUGGGAACAUCACCAUUUCUCCUCCAAAAACCUUUGAGCUCUCAAAAUCUGCUCCCAACAUCUUCACAAAAAAGAAUUUGGGAUAGAAGGCAUCAAGAAGAUCCUUGCAAAUAGAAAACCACCAAAAAUGACAUCUCGAAUGAUUAUUGGACGAAACAACAUGGCGGUUGUUGCCUUGCAACAGGGUCGCCAUCGAGAUGCCCUGGGAAUGCUUCGUACGGCGACCAUGCAGUUGAAUGAACUGUAUCAGCGAGGAGAAGACGACGACGAGAAAGUGGUGAUGAGAACCGGAGCGGAUGGGAAGGCCAGAGUCAGUUGUCGGUCCCUGAGGAGUUGCGAUAUUGGCACCAGUGGCCCUGCCCAGAGCAGCAACGUGGAUGAUGAUUGCUUGUCCAUGUUCCGACGAGCCAUUGUCCUGUCCAGAAGAGAAACGAGUCUACCCGUGAUUGCUUCGUCUGUGCUGUACAAUUUGGGCCUUUGCGAACAUGUGAUUGGGGCGAAUCUGAACAUUAGCCGCAAGAUCGUGGCUGCACUCAAGUUCUACAAGAUGAGCUACCAGAUCAUUGAAGAGAACAGACACCGCUGCUCCUUUGGUGAUCUUUUGGUACUGGCUGUUAUCAAUAACAUUGCCGAUGUGUCUUCCACACUCCAAGAUUCCAACAAGUCGAGACGGUGGUUCAAGUUCCUCGCUCGCAUCUUGGGAGUCGCCAACUCCAAUUCAAGAUCUCUACCCGCGCUGGAUGAAGCCGAUUAUGCUUUCUUCUACAUGAACGCCAUGUUGCAUGACGGGGAGAUGUUGAAUGUUGCUGCUGCGGCUUAGACCGACUUUGCAAGACCGUCUGACCUACGCACAGUGUACAUUUAUUCUACUCGAAAGAUACCACAUCACGAUGCUUCUAUUAACUAAACUCCUAACUAAUGUAAAACAUACUCUUGCAUUGAUC